AUGAAGAAGAUGUUAAAAACUAUUGAAACGUUAUCAGAGAAAGUUGAGCACCUACAGUUGGCAGUGGACCGUCAACACAGAGACAAAAACAACUACACACAUCGUUAUAGGAGUUACACUCCUGAGGGACCUCGUGAGGACCGCCGUGACUACUCCAGCAGAUCCUACAGAUCUUCGCCGCGACGUCAAGACUACGACCUUGACAGCCGUCAUUCAUCUCGUCGUGAGGGGGAGAACUACCGUCGUCUUGGUUCGUCGGACCGGCUUCCACGUCAGAGCCAUUCUUCAGAGAGAGGCAACAACAACCGCGGCCGCUCUCCGGAUCGCUAUGAGAGUCGCCGAUAUCGCUCUCCCAGCCCAGGAAGAGUACGCUUCGAGUCCCCAUCAUGUCAAAAGCAGAACCAGGUAAACUACAAGUAG